GUGACGGUAUCAUGGCGCAGCAGAGGCCGAAGACAUCAUGAGACAUCCCCGCAUUCAAACUUUAAUUACACCUCGACUUGUACGUAUUAACCCGAUAUUCUCUCUAAAAUCAUCAACAUCUUUGGAGGCAAACACUGAUUAAAUCAUCAUUCUGACCACAACCACCAGAGACUGAGACACCAGAGAGAGGAGCGAUGGAGAAGCCAGUGUUGCAGACCCAACCGUCCACCCUUCCUUUUUUCGACACGUCCCACGCCUUCAACCUGCUGCGGGGGAUCCAUGAACUCCGUGCAGAGCGAAAGUUUUUCGAUGUGACUUUGUGUGCUGAGGGCCGCGAGUUCCACUGUCACCGCACAGUGUUGGCCGCCGCCAGCACUUACUUCAGAGCGAUGUUCGCAGGAACUCUGAAGGAGAGCGCUAUGGACCGAGUCGUUCUUCACGAGGUGUCAGCGGAGCUCUUAGGCCUUCUGGUGGACUUCUGCUACACGGGGAGGGUCACCGUCACUCAGGAUAACGUGGACGUCCUGCUGAAGACGGCCGACCUGUUUCAGUUCCCCUCGGUCAAAGACGCCUGCUGUGCGUUCCUGGAGCAGCGGCUGGACGUCACCAACUGCUUAGACAUCCAGGACUUUGCCGAGGCGUUCGCCUGCAGAGAGCUGGCCACCAGCGCUCGCCGCUUUGGCCUCAAAAACAUAAUGGAGCUGGCCAAAGGGCUGGACUUUGAGCGGUUGCCUUGGAAGCGCCUCCUGGAGUUUAUGUCGGAUGAUGAGCUUUGCGUGAACAAGGAGGAGGCGGUGUAUCAGAUCGCGGUGCACUGGGUGAAGGCCGACAUGAAGAGGAGGCUGCACUACUGGCCCGAGCUGCUCCAGCAGAUCCGCCUGCCCUUCGUCCGGAGGUUCUUCCUGCUGGCCCACGUGGAGAGCGACCCGCUGGUCUACCUGUCGCCCACCUGCCUGCGCAUGGUGAACGAGGCUCGCAGCUUCCAGUCCUGCGAGUACGACCGCCACGACCGGCCCUGCCACAGGAUGCGUCCACGGGCGUCCACGGGGCUCGCAGAGAUCCUGGUGGUGGUGGGGGGGUGCGACCAGGACUGUGACGAGCUGGUCACGGUGGACUGCUACAACCCGCAGACCGGACAGUGGAGGUACCUGGCGGAGUUCCCCGACCACCUGGGAGGAGGCUACAGCAUAGCAGCCCUCGGAAACGAUAUGUAUGUCACAGGCGGCUCUGAUGGCUCGCGCCUCUACGACGGCGUGUGGCGCUACAAGUCGAGCGUGAACGAGUGGACGGAGGCGGCGCCCAUGCUGAAGCCGAGGGAGUACCACAGCUCGGUGGUGGUGAAGGGCCAGCUGUACGUGGUGGCGUCCGACAGCACGGAGCGCUACGACCACGCUCUGGACUGCUGGGAGGCCCUGCCCCCCAUGCUGCACCCCAUGGACAACUGCUCCACCACCACCUGCAGCGGGCGGCUGUACGCCAUCGGCUCGCUCACCGGGGACGAGACCAUGGCCAUCCAGAGCUACGACGCUGAGUCCAACCGCUGGACCCUGGUCAGCUGCGGACAGAUGCCCCCCUGGUCCUUCACUCCCAAAACUGUGACGCUCAAAAGCCUCAUCUACUUCAUCAGGGAUGACUCGGCCGAGGUGGAUGUUUAUAAUCCUCAAAAGAACGAGUGGGACAAAAUUAGUCCGAUGACCCAGGUCCAUGUAGGAGGCAGUGUGUCGGCGCUGGGCGGUAAACUGUACGUCUCCGGGGGUUACGACAACACGUUCGAGCUGUCGGACGUGGUGGAGACGUUCGACCCGACGACGCGCUGCUGGACCCCGGCCGGGCGCCUGCCGCAGCCCACCUUCUGGCACGGCAGCGUCAGCAUCUUCCGACAGUUCAUGCCGCAGGUCAGCAGCGCGUUCGCACCCGCCGAAAUCCCCGAGUCGAACGCCAUCCACCUGCACCGGCACCACCGGCACCUAGCGCUCCAAAACCUCAACAACAAUCUCAACCAGAACCAGAACCAGGACGUGAACCCAGCGCACUGAUCGGACCCAGAUCCCUGUUACAUCUAAAGACUGAUCCCCCUCAUGUAGCAGCGCUGUGGGGUUUCUUAGACUUGUUUUGUCUAACUACGUUGAUACAAAAGUAAUGUUGGCAGUUGCAUUGUGGGAAAUGUAGGCAACAAAUUUGAGGAAAGAAGGAAUUUGCCAUGGUUCUUUCUUUAAGUUAAAAAAAUAAUGUGUGUAUCCGCUGAGUGAUUUCCAAAAUGUUAUAUUUUCUUCCAUGGCCCCUCCUUCCCACUUCCAAAGUUUCACUAAAACCAGGGCCUGUAGUCUUUCCCUUAUCCUGCUUCCAAGCAGAUAAGUAAACCAAAAAUGCAUCUAACUAUAUAUAUUAUUAUUAACUAUAUCUCUAGCUAAAAAUAUCUCUAGUCAGAGUCUGUCAGUUUACAGCGCUGCAAUGCUAAACCAAUGUUCUCCUUUUACAAUUAGCCAAAUAUUUGUUCAGAAACAGCAACGAUCAGUUUACAUUCCAAAAACGACAAUCACAAUUGAUACGUAUUACUAAACAGCCUUAUGGCUUCACAUGAAGGGUUGAGAUAUAUUGUACUCAGUUGUACUGAGUAAUCUUUUGUCACUAUUGUAGGAUUUCAGGACGGCUGCAUUGUUUGAAUGACUUGUAUUCGGUUGAUAUACCAUUGAGUGAUAUUUAGACAUCUCCUCCUGACCCUUGAACUAAGCUUUAUAACCAGAAGUAGAAUGUGCAUGAAGAUUUUUAUUUAAGAUUUGUAUUUUUUUGUGGUUUUGUAUUUUUAUUCAUGGAUAUAUUUGUGCUGUGGUUGCUUAGAUGUCCCCGCCUAUCAGUUGCAACAAGAAAAGUAACGCGUUAGUGAUGGGUGGUCGGUAACUGGAAGUGCAAAAGAAUCUCAAUUUGUUCUCGUUUAGUUUCAUGUUUUUAUGGUAUAGUUUUCACACAAGUUUGUAAAUACAGUAUAUUCCUAACCUAG